CGCCUGUCAAACCCGCUGGUGUUCACUUCAGAGGCACAUUAAAAAGGUGAAAAGUAUCUCCAGAGAGGGAACCACUCAGCAUGGAGUUAGAGUUUAAGGAUGCCUUUUGGGGAGGCAACUUCAUUAGUCACGCUGGCUACGAGGCCAUCAUCCAGAGACUAAACGACGGUCGGCGUACGUGCAAAGACAUUGAGGAUCUGUUCAAAAUGAGGGCAUCUGCAGAGGAGAAAUAUGGCAAAGAACUCGUCGCCAUCUCACGCAAGGUUGGAGGUUUCUAUGAAAUCUGCACGCUGAGAACGUCUAUUGAUGAAAUGAAAACGCAAAUGGAAAUGAUAGGCAACUUGCACAUGCAGCUGUCUGGCCUUUUAAAGGAGGAGGCGAAAAGGAUCGAGCAGUUCAGAGAGAAGCAGAAAGAUCAGAGAAAAAAGGUUGAACUCGUCAUGGAGAAGGUCCAGAAGGGCAAAGUGUCCUUCUACAAGAAAACAAUAGAUUCCGCAAGACACUACGAACAACGCUGCAGGGAGGCGGACGAGGUCGAGCAAACGGCGGAAAAGAUGAGCAACACUUCCACAGCCACACCGAAACAAAUCGACAAGCUGAGCAACAAAUCCAAACAAUGCAGGGAAGCUGCAGAGGAGGCGGAGAGGCAGUACAAAUCCAACAUCGAGCAGCUGGACCAGCUCCGUCAAGAGUGGGAAUUAACACAUAGCAACACAUGUGAGAUGUUUCAGCAGCAGGAAGCGGAGCGCCUGAGUGCUCUGAGGAACGGGUUGUGGGUGCAUUGUAACCACUUGUCCAUGCAAUGCGUGAAAGCCGACGAAUGCUAUGAAGGUGUGAGGAAGAUUCUGGAAAAGUGUGACAUUAUCGCUGACAUGAACUGCUUUGUGGGGAUUAAAGGCACCGGCUCCAGCCGUCCCGCUCCCAUUAAAUACCAAAAUUACUACGAAAAGGAUGGCACAGAGGUCCGAAAUGGAAGCACAGGACUUGUAGGCGGAGUCAUGAAAAAGUUUUCAAAUCUCCUCCAAGGGAACUCUUUGGCAGGCUCCAGUAUGAGCAUUCACAAAGAUCCUGGUGCAGACAGUACAGGGGACUAUGAAGACGUCUAUACCGCCAUCCCAAAGAUUCACAGCUCCCACCAGGGUGAGCAGUACAAGGCAGUGUAUGAGUACGUGGCCCAGAGAGACGAUGAGCUCUCCAUGUUUGUUGGGGACGCCGUGCUCGUCAUGAAUCAGGGUGAAGACGGCUGGUGGAUGGUGCAGCGCGAUGGCCAAACAGGGCUGGUUCCAGGCUCUUACCUUGCCAAAGAAUGAGUUGAGACAAUGGAACUCGGACUUGUCAGUAAUUAUAUGUGAAUAAUGUAGUUUUUAUUUCUCACAUGUAUUAAAAUCUUAAAUAAUACCAUAUUCAUAGUGUAUUUAAUUUAGCAGGGCCUUCCUAAUGAGAAGUGUCCUGACCUGUCUUGUAAAAAUACCAGCUGCCCUUCUAUAAAAGCCAACAGCAUCAGCUACUCGUGUCUCUGGAAUUUCUGAAACCAUAAUGCAAUAACCCAAGUCACUACACUCCUUUACAAUUUAAUUACAAUCUUAGGAGUCAGUCGCUACAAAAUGG